AAAGGGUCUCCUUUCCAGAGAGUGCUGCCUGUCUCCCUUCUGUUUCUUUCAGAGAAAGAAGAAUUGUUCCAGAAUUUACUGGGACAGAUUGCCGAGCAGUUCUCGAGGGUUUUUAAAAUCAAUGAACUGAAAACAGAAGUAGCUAAUCACUUGGCAAUGCUGGAGAAAAAGGUUGAAUUGGAAGGCCUGAAAGUAGUAGAGAUUGAGAAAUGCAAGAGCGACAUUAAAAAGAUGAGGGAGGAAAUGGCAGCAAGAAGCAGCAGGACUAACUGUCCCUGCAAGUACAGCUUUUUGGAUGAAAACAAGAGGCCAACUCCCCGGCGGGAUGUACCAUCCUACCCAAAGUACAUGCUGUCCCAGGAGACCAUUGAAGCACUUCGGAAACCAACCUUUGACGUCUGGCUGUGGGAGCCCAAUGAGAUGCUGAGUUGCUUGGAACAUAUGUACCAUGAUCUUGGGUUGGUAAAAGACUUCAACAUCAAUCCUAUCACAUUAAAGAGGUGGUUGCUGUGUAUUCAUGACAAUUACAGAAACAAUCCUUUUCAUAAUUUCCGGCACUGCUUCUGCGUGACCCAGAUGAUGUACAGCAUGAUCUCACUCUGCAGCCUCCAGGAGAAAUUCUCGCAAAUUGACAUCUUGAUUCUCAUGACUGCAGCAGUAUGCCAUGACUUGGACCAUCCUGGCUAUAACAACACCUAUCAGAUAAAUGCACGAACCGAGCUUGCAGUGCGCUACAAUGACAUCUCCCCACUGGAGAACCACCACUGUGCUGUGGCUUUCCAGAUCGUUUCCCAGCCAGAAUACAACAUUUUCUCCAACGUCAACCAGGAGCAAUUCAAACAGAUAAGACAGGGGAUAAUUACGUUAAUCCUGGCUACAGACAUGGCGAGACAUGCAGAAAUACUGGACUCUUUCAAGGAAAAAAUGGAAAAUUUUGAUUACUCCAAUGAAGAACACAUGACCUGUCUGAAGAUGGUCCUGAUAAAAUGCUGUGAUAUCUCCAAUGAAGUCCGCCCGAUGGAAGUAGCAGAGCCCUGGGUAGAUUGCUUACUAGAAGAAUAUUUUAUGCAGAGCGACCGAGAAAAAUCUGAGGGGCUUCCAGUGGCACCGUUCAUGGACCGUGACAAAGUGACCAAGCCAACAGCACAGAUCGGCUUCCUGAAGUUCGUUCUCAUCCCCAUGUUUGAAACAGUAACAAAGCUAUUUCCAGAAGUGGAGGAGGUGAUGCUCCAGCCCCUUUGGGAAUCCAGGGACCGCUAUGAGGAAUUAAAACAGAUAGAUGAUGCUAUGAAAGAGUUGCAGAAAAAGAAAAGUGAAAGUUUGACCACCGGCAGUACCGAAAAGUGA